UGUCACUCACUCCUGUGUGCGUGUUGUCCGUCCAGUUGGAUCCUAUCCCUGAGGAGGUGAUGCAGCAGAGGCCCAACCCCAACGCUGUCCACUCCAUGGAGAAGGUGCUGGAGGAACAUGGUAAAUACUGGCGAUCUCUGCAGCGCGGGGCCUCCACACUGGGCCACUCUCUGAGCGAGGCUCAUCAGUGUGAGACGGAGGAGGCCGAGACCGUCACUGCCAUGGCCUCCCUCUCUGUGGCCAACAAGCAGAGGAGGAGUGAGGAGGAACCUAUGGAGGAGGAGGUGCCUCUGUAAAGGGAUGACCACGCCCCCUUUACCAUUCAGACACCCAUUUAGUCCUCAGCCAACCACUAACCUCUGUUUUGAAUUUGACCCCAAUCCUUGGCCCCUCCCACGCCCUGUCUAGAAGGCACAUCAGCUCCGGAGGGGACAGGGGACAAUGUUGAGCGGUUACGAAACGGAAACAGAAGACGACACUAUCUCGCUCGUCCGGAGUGGGCGGACUAAAAGGCCGCCGAUAUGUUGUACUGUCUCUAUGUAAGGAGGCAGAACACAAGGAGCCUCGGGUUGCCAGGUUUCUUCGGAUCUUUACUUCAGGACCAGUGGGAUCUAAGGUGACCUUGAGUGUCCACGCUUUUUUUUGUAACAGACACACUCUCUGUCUGAAGUACCACUCCAGACACCGGAUUUCUAAGUUAGAACUCUUCUUUCAUUUUUCUUUAUGUCGUUUGUUCCUUUUUCCUUUCACUGAAAAACAGCAACAGCGCCCUAUGAUAUAAUUCCGACACUGUUUGCGAACUUUCAGUCGUUACCAUUCACAAAAGACUUUGAGAAAAGAGAGACGUCGCAGGGCUUGCUGAAAUUUCUGGCCAACUUUUUGAUUGGCGAAAGCAGACAUUUUUUUUGUGUUUCAAGAUAGGUACAAAGUGAGGAAGAGAGAGAGAGCACGAUGGACGUGUGACCAGGUCUUCUGGUUCGAGAUGACAGACAGCAAAAAGACUGAGUUUGUGCCUUUUUUUCCCAGCCUGGUCGAUUCUACGAUGAACUCACGACGAAGAGCUUUGCCUUAAAUGAGUUUUCGAGGGGAGAGAGGUGCCUUCCUCUCGCCCUCACACCUCAUCCCCUUAUGUUGUGGCGAGACUGGAAAUGCCAGCACGAUGGCACAUAGACAGAAGGCCCUUGGCAUGUUUACCCUGAAUUCCCUGUAGCCCACUGUCCCAUCCCUGUUCCCUUUGACCUCGUCGUAACCCCUUUACUGUCAUUUAGAAGGUAGUUGCCAUGCUACACACAGGGACUAACAUGGUUAGUCUUUUUCAGUGGAACUGAAUGGUUGAAUCAACGGUUGAAACAUCAGCCAAUGAUGUAGCGAGCUGGUAUAUAAAACCCUUAACCAAAUACACGUCACCUCUUCGAAAUAGUUAGCUAGCAUGCACUGUAGUCUGCACUAGAGAGACUUGCCAUCUUAAACGAGAAUGCUGUUCAAAAAUAGUAAUAGUAAGACAAGAAAUGAAGCCAAAGCGUGACAUUGCUAUCAGCACAAUAGUCAGGAUCCACGUAAGUAUUGUAAGCUUAUAAGACAGAUUUUACUAUCAUGACUUUACAUUCAAGGUUGUUCUCUGUGAGGGAAUUAGAACAGUUGCCCCAUUUUUGUUAACUUUCACCCCUCACCUUUCAAAACGUUCUAAUGUCACAACGUUCAGACGAUCUUACAGUCAUUUAGGGGCAGUAGAUACAAUGAGCCGUUCUUUUGGCGUUUUGUUCACACACAAAAAAAUAUGUGUCUUUGUUACCGUGGUGACAGAGCAAUUAGACGGACAUACCACCUCUGUGAGUUUUCGGAGAGGAGCAAGUGGCACCCAUGUUCUCUGUCCACACAGGUGCUCUUCAAGUGUCAGGUGCUAGCGAACAGGUUCAUGCAUGUGCGUGUGUACGUGAGUGUCACGUCGCAAUCCAGUAAACAAACUCUUUAUACACUCAGACACAGUUGUCAUAGCUACUGCUAGGAGUGUUUGGUUUUUUUGGGGGUACAGGAAAGUGUAUUCAAUCUUGUGUGAGACACAUUAAAUAACUGUAUAUACAAUAGAUUUUCACGCAUGCUGUCCAAAAACUUUCUUACCACAUACAGUUGACUUAGUUCUCAAACACCUAUAGUGCAGAAUAUGGAGAAUGAAUGAUCUAGUGAUCUGUGUACGGUGUGUUGAACACCCACACCCCCAACUCAUGUUUAGCCUCUGGGCAACUACCUUCUACAUUAUUCCAUUGAAGUCAUAAUCACUUGUUUCUACUUUUGGUAAAAGAGGAAGAACUGGGGAAGAUUGAUGUUGUUUCUGCAUUGAUCUUUCUUCAGGAUUUUUCCAACGCAGUUGUUUUGAUGACUACUUCAUUUGUGUGGUUUUUACCAAUAUUUUUUGGUAUUUUUUUAUUUGUUUUCGUUUUUGUCCUUGUUGUUUUUUGAAGUGGACUUCUGUGUCUCUGGUUUCUGUACUUUUCAUUUGUAUUCCUGUUGUUUUUGUAUUAUUUUCUGUUUUUUCUCUCUACAGUUGACUUGUCUCACGACCAAGUGAGAGUUCAGUUCCUUUUCAUGGCAAAAGGAUCUGGGGUUGUAAGGGAAGGGAUGGAGAGAGAUGGGGGGGGGGGGAAUGCAAAUAUUUUUACUUUGUAUAAUGAUUCCAACAAUUGUGUAUUUACUAUACUGUCUGUUCAUAGUAGAUUUAUAUAUGACAAAAAAAAUCUAAAAGUAUAUUAUAUAUUAUAACAUAUUACAAUCUUGUUUUGGGAGGAAAAGAAGUUAGUAUUGCAAGGUGAUUUGCUCAUGUUUCAUUCGCUGGUCUGGUUUGGCACUUCCUGGUGUUGCAGAGGGCACUGUUCAUUAUUCCUGGAUGCCUUGGCUGAGGGUUCGGUACAGUAGCAUCCCAUUUGUUUCUUUACAGUGUACACCACUGACUUAGGCUCUAUUCAUACUUGACACUACAUAGAAAAGUUGAAAGGUUGUUCCCAAACAAGGGACAAGUCACUUGUUUCUGGAGCUCUGAUGUCUCCUCCAUUGAAACACUGACAAGCAUGAGUUUACAGUGCGAAGACCACUGGUAUUGGGCACACUUACAUAACUAAAAUUUUCUGACCAACAACCAAACACUUUUAACUGUAUUUGUAAAACCUUUUCUAUAUUAUCUAUUAAAGGAUGUGUAAUUCAGUAGGUUUUGCCUUGGAAUGACGUGAUAAUUACACAAGGGUUGCCCUGUAAUGACUAAACACUAUAAGCCCAAGGGUCAUAGUUAACCCAUCAAUAGUUCCCCUCUCACCCUUUAACCUCACCCAUCCUGCCCAAACCGCCCCUCUCCUUUGACGGCUGUAGAAGAUGACUAGUGAGGUCAAGGGUCAUCUCAAUGGACCCAGUCUCAUCCAAGGGGGCAGACUACGAGUUAAAAGUCCAGUCUGCGUCUCAAUUGUGGUUGCUGUUAUUGUAUUGGUGGCCUUUUUUAUAAGCUAUCAUCCAGAGCUCUCCCAGGAUGCUUGGAAACACCAGUCACAGCAAUGGCCGCCAUGGCUUAGUCACUUGUAUUCAAACAAUAUUUUUUAAAGGGACUAUAUACUGUCUGGUUAUCAGCGUGUCCAGAUAGUCAUUUGAACAUGACCUUAACAAAAGACAUUCCAUUUUGUUUUGUUUUUAAUUGUUUUAUCAUGGGGCAUUUUCUUCUUCUUCUUCUUCUCCUGCUUUUUAUCCUCUCCUCCAAACCAGGCCUGAGGAUUGUCUGUGGUUUAUUAGAAGGGCCUGGUUGUUGGGUUACUGCACUCUUCCACCACCUCUGUAACAUAUCUGCAUGGUUUGUGUGUCUGCAUGCCUGUCUCUGUCCCUGUAACAUAUCUGCACAAGGAAAGAGCACUGAAUGGACAGUAGUACAUUUUUUUACAACAACAUCGGGAUUUGAGAACGAGAGCAUGACACGGGAACUCGUUCUUUUGCUCCUCUGUUUUUUUAUUUCUUCCCGGGAGCGACGAUGAGGAAGAACGAUGCUCCCUGUUGGUCUGACAGAUAUGCUUUUUACCUGUGAAAAUGUUCAACAACAAAUUGAAUGACUUUGAAUAUUCCACAACAUCUUUAUCUAGCACUUGUGACAUACAGACAAUGGAUUUUAUUGUAUUUAUGUAGAAAAACUGUUUUAGGGAAACUAAAGACGGGGGACAACUGCAUAGACCAACUGAUUUUUAUUCU